AUGACUCUAUCUUGCGGCGCGACGUGGAUGGCGGUGCCUCUGCGUGCGUUGUGCGGCGGGCUUUUCCUCUCCAUGUCUUUGCCCUUUUGUGUGUGGGAAGGUUGUGGGAGAGGAUAUGUGCGGGGGAGUGAGUGUGGGUGGCUUCCUGCCUUGCCCCGCGCAUUGGGGCCUUCCAUACACGUGGCUUUGCUUGACGGCGUUUCGCGGCACCCAGGGUGUAGCGAGGAGGAGGAUGGGGAGGGUCUGUUGUGGGCGGAAGGAGGAUGGACAGGACAGUCCCCUUCUGUAUCCUUCCCCGUGUCGUUGGUAGUACGUACUGAGAGCAUAAAUUUGAGCGAGCGCGGGAUGAAACGUUUAUGCCGCUUUUCGUGUGCUACUCAAUCGUCGUCGUUGCACGCUGUCGUCGCGGUGCCGUUUGAUGAGGGGAGGGUGCGAUGCCACGGCCGCUGCGCACCACAACUAUUUAUUGACACUGCCUCGGCAUUCCUUUUUUCAGUUUGUGUGAAUUUUUUUGCUUUACGAUGGAUUUGUUGGAGGAGCUUUGGUUUUGGUGGCUGCUUCACGACGCUUUGCCUUGUGUGUCGGUUGCGGUUUUUCCGCGUGAUGCCAAAGCGUUUGAUGGGGUGCUUACCCUUCUUUUUGAGUCCUGCAGCCAGCCUUUUUGCUCAUGGCGGCAGCAAUGGGAUUUUGCGGCUGCGUGUUCGUCGCACGUGUCGCAUCUCCCGCUGUUGCUCCCUUGCUGUGUUGGUGGGGAGUGAACGGGUGACGGCGUCGGUGGAGUUGCGCCCCAGUGGGAGAGGGAAGGCACCGACCGCUGCUGAGUGCGACAGUCUUUGCUGCAGGUGA